AUGGCUGGUAACUUAGCUGACGCAAUCACACAACCAAUGAAUGACAAACUCAAAAAGCUCGCCGAGAAAAGAGCCGAAGGAGGAGGUGGUGGUAGCAGUGGUAGCGGUGGUUCACUGAGAAAGAUCAAAAUGUUUACCCCAGAAUAUUAUAUCACCUGCACAAUUGGAGGUAUCACCGCCUGUGGGCCAACCCAUGCAUUUGUAACUCCACUUGAUUUAGUCAAAUGUCGUCGUCAAGUUGAUCCAAAGCUAUAUAAAUCAAAUAUGCAAGGUUGGAGUACCAUUCUUAAAACCAAAGGAGAUUCAAUUCUUACUGGAUUUGGUGCAACACUUAUUGGAUAUUCAUUCCAAGGGGCAGCAAAGUAUGGUUUCUAUGAAUAUUUUAAGAAGACAUAUAGUGAUUUAGUUGGGCCUCAAUAUGCAAAUGAUUAUAAAACUAUGGUUUAUUUAUCUGCUUCUGCCUCAGCUGAAUUCCUUGCUGAUAUUGCCUUAUGUCCUUGGGAAACCAUUAAAGUCAAGACCCAAACCACUAUUCCUCCAUAUGCAAAUUCUGUUCUUGAUGGUUGGCGUAAGAUGGUUGCAGCUGAAGGUUUCGGUGGGUUAUAUAAAGGAUUGGUUCCAUUAUGGGGGAGACAAAUCCCAUAUACAAUGGUUAAGUUUGCUUCUUUUGAAAAUAUCGUGGCUGCAAUUUAUUCUUAUUUGGAUAGACCUGCAAGUUCUUAUAAUGCUUUUGAAAAAACUGGAAUCUCAUUCUUGGGUGGUUAUAUUGCUGGGGUUUUCUGUGCUAUUGUAUCACAUCCUGCUGAUGUUAUGGUUUCAAAAAUUACGUCGGAAAAGAAACCUAGUGAAGCUAUUGGGGCUGCAAUUGGAAGAAUCUAUAAUCGUAUUGGAUUUGGUGGAUUAUGGAAUGGAUUACCCGUGAGAAUUGUUAUGAUUGGUACUUUGACUGGGUUCCAAUGGUUAAUCUAUGAUUCAUUUAAGGUGUACGUUGGAUUACCUACCACUGGUGGUAAGUAA